AUGAGUAGUCCACGUAAAUUUGCUGAAAAAAUUGCUCUCAUUCAACAGAAACAAGCGGAAGGUGAUGCAGCAUUUAAUACAAUUAUUUAUGAAGUUGAAGCUGCUAAACAAAGGGCUGAUCAUGUUUCAUCAAUAAAAAGUAAAUUGGAUGUACCUGCACGGAAAUAUGAAAUACCAAAUGGGAUAAAUGAUUCAGAUAGUAACAAUUAUAUUAAUCAACCUAUGAAACUUGAAAAUAGCAAUGGUUCCAAUCGAUUAUUGCUACCACCUGAUAAUUCAUCAUGGAGACGAACUCAUUCAGAUUCAUCUCUUCAUCAAACUGUGAUGCCACAAGUUAUUACACAUUAUCAUGCUCAACUUGAUAAUGAAGAUAAUAAUCAACAAUUAAAUUUUGAUAGCAAUGAUAUUAAAUAUGAAACAACUUCAUAUAAUCUUCAUAAUCAACCUCAUUAUUUACAAACAUUAAAUUCACAAUUUCAAUCACAAAAUUAUUAUGAUUUAAAUAAUAAUAAUUAUGCUAAUAAUGGAACAAAUAUUUUUUAUCCAUCAAUACAAACAUUAUCAGUACCACAACAAACUCUUAUACCUCCAACAAGUAAUACAGUUUUAAAUUCACGAUAUAGUGGUGGAAAUAAUAAUAAUUCAAACAUUCUUUUGUUACCACCAAAUCAACAUUCACGUGGUGGUGGUUCAUUGCCUGAUUUACGUGUUGACAGUCCGUAUAAUAAUCAACAAUUAUCAUCAUCAUCUACAACACAACAAUUUUUUCGUUCUUCUUCACCACAACAAAAUAGCGAUGGCGAUUUAUAUGUUUUGGGUCCACAACAACAAUCACCAUCAAGAAUAGGUCCAUUAAAACAAAGUCCAAGUAUGCGUCGACGUCAUAGUCCAAUUGGUGAUGUUAAACAAGCAUCACCACGUCGACAAAAUUCUCCGUCACCUGAUGUUUCUUCAACUCAACAAACUCUUCAUCGUAUUGAACCACAAAGUCCACAAUCUCAAUCAAGUUAUUCACCACAAAAUUCUCCUAAUUUUUUAUCAAGUCCCGGUAAUGAACUUACAUCAUAUUCAUCACAACAACAAUCUACAGAUAAUCAAAGUACUUAUUUUACAUUACCAAAUAAUUUGGAUCAGAUUACAUUGGAUAAUAAUUAUUAUGCUCAGCAACAACAACAACAGCCAUCUCCACCUUCAUCACAACAACAUAAUAAUUCAUCGUCAACAACAUCUAAUAUUCCAAAUGAUCUUCAACAACAAAGAAAUUUUUAUCAACCAUUUAUGGAUGAUAUGUCGUCAUCUUAUUGUCAUAAUCAACCGUCAAUGAAUAUGACAACAACCAAUCAGAAAAGUCCAACUAUUCCAAAUAUAAUUUUAACUGAUGUUGACAGUGCGAAAUUAGAUUUAUCGAAAGAAUUGGCCAAUGAUUUUUCAAAUCCAUUUGAUGGUUUACUUGAUGCAACUGAUUUACAGUUAAAUGCCGAUGAUUUUUUGCUCAAUGCGGCUGAUCUUUCCGUUGAUCCAAUUAAUUGUGAUGAUACAUUUUGUAUGGAGCGCUAA